ACCCUAGCCUCGCAGGCCGCGCAGCUCCGGCCUCUAUGAUGAUGAUGAUGAUGCGGAAGUGACAGUCACUAGUUCCGGACGGUGAGAGGAGACGGAGCGGAAGAAGACCAGCAGCCAUGGUGUGUAUCCCCUGCAUUGUCAUUCCAGUCCUCCUGUGGGUCUACAAGAAGUUCUUGGAGCCCAUCGUGUACCCUUUCAUAUCUCCAUUUAUCAACCGAAUCUGGCCAAAGAAAUGUGUACAGAGCGCUCCGGCCUCCGCCAGCAAGGAGAAGGCAGAGUGUAAUGGCAGCAGUGAGCCGCAGAGUAACGGAACCAUAAGUGGAAGCGUCGCUGAGGGACAUGGCGAAAUCACCAAUAAAAAGACAAACUAGAACGUCUCCUACUUUCUAAAGGACAUCUAUUAAUAGCUAACUCUACCCGACUUCCAAACCUCUAGGAUGAACACUGUCUCUUGCUUUGCUGUUAAAAGCGCAAUUUAUUUAUUGACCGUUAAAUGUAAAAAUAAUAAUUUUUGUAUAUACUAAUAUAUUGCAUUCCAGAUUUUUAGACAUUCUUUAUUGCUGAAAUAAGUCAGUCACGUCCAAUAAUAAAGUGAUUUGUUGUACACUUUAAUUUCUGCUUCUAGACCCUGUCUGUCUUCCCUGGUUUAUGUUUUGGUACAGGGCCUCAUGUAGACUUGACAGAUCUAGUUGGGAGGUGCAAUUCUUGGCAAAGCCAUGCUGCCCUAUGUACACAGACAGGCGUACAGUCUGGAGACGCAAUGUUACGAUAAAGCUUCCCAGUAUGUCUCUACUACCUGCCUAUAAAAUAAAGAGUAAAUUGUACCCUUCUUAUGGCAAUAUGGUUGCGCUCCUUGUGUCUGGUAUUUCCCCUAGGCUGUAGUCCAGCUUCUCAUCACUCUGGGUUUUGCUUAUUACAUAUCUUUUAUGCUUUGUGUUUUAGCCACAAAUAAAAUAUUAGUUACUUUAUGUAAGAACAAAUGUGUAUCUGUAAUAUUUCAGAAUACACGGAAUAUUUUAGGCAAUGUUUUGUUUUAUGAGGUAGAGCAGGGGUUUCCAAACUUUUUUUGAAUCACGGCGCCAUAGAGAAUCCGAAUUCUUUUCACGGCAUCCCUAUGGCUAAAAGUUUCUUAAUGAAAAAUUGAGAAAGAAGUAGUAAAUUGCGUUUAUAUGUCAUCCUUAGGGUCAGCUGUGCGGUGAGGGACAGGAUUUGCUUCUGUUUGGCCACAUAUUUUAUGACUGGCAGCCACCAGCUCUGGUUUUGCCUAUUACAUUGACCAUAAAUAAUUUGAAUUGGUCCUGGACCACCAACCCAGGGCACGCCUGCAAGUGUCCUGAGGCACCGCCGGAGCCACGGCACACAGUAUGUGAACCACUAGGGUAGAGGAAUUCCAAUAACGCUUUCUCCCAAUCAUAAAAUAUUACUAUUUCUGUAAAGUUAUAUAAAAUGUCAUUUGCAUUUAUUGACAUGAGCUAGUGCUUGGCCCAAACUGUACGCUACUGAUUAACCUUACCAAGCAAAAAACUGCGCUGAGUCGCUCAUAAACUUCUCUAUAAAACGUGUAUCGAUUAAAAGUAAUAAAUAUCCUCUAAACUAAUAAUGGAUUUCCUAGAACUAACUUUUAUUUCAUUUAUCCGUAACACAGAAAGUGUGAUUAUUGGUUGUAAUAACUUUGUCACCCACAGAAUUAAAUAAAAAUUAACCCUUCGCA